UGACGCGGGCGCACAGUCGCGCAAUUCACUCCAACCAGCGCCUAUUCGGACCUGACCGAAGGAAGUCUUCGCAUCCUGUUGAUUUUUUUUUUUUGCACUUGUGGGUGUUCCUUUUUUUCACCCGUAAGCCGUGAUUAAACAUUUUUUUAUUUUUUUUUUGGUAUUAUUAUUUACCCCUGCUUUCCCCGCCGUGGACUGAGGAGUUUCGUGGGUGUUUUGACAUGGGGAGAAGUGCGCAGAGACGCGGCCGUGCCGGACUCGGGUCGCCGGGCGGCGUCCUCGUCUUGCGGCUGCUGCUCAUGGUGCUGGGCUGCCGGGUGCACGGAGGACUCGGACAGGAUGGCGGCGCCCGGACGGGCUGCGCUCUCGAGGAGCUCCUGCUAAAGAUGGAACAUUUGGCAGAAAUACCGGACAAUUCCACAAACUUUAUGGCUGGCUCGCAUCGUGGUCACUCUGUGAUCACGUACGACCGCCAGACACUUCUGGAUGUGGACAUAUCGGGCCGUUUUGGACUGAUAGACACUUGCGUGCUAGACUUGCUAACUAGCAUGGGAAUACGUCGGCGGCUACAUCCAGCGGCCUGUGAAGCAGGGGAGUCUAGUAGCAGCGGGGGCCGUCUACGGAGCAGACGCCAGCGGUGUGAUCGGAAACGCGGAUGCCGAGCGGGGCUAAAAACAAAGCAGAAGGCUAAUCCCCACAGAACACCACUUUCCUCCAUCCCGAAGACGGAUUUAGAUGGAAAAUGCGAGACUACUGGUCUGGUGCGAGACGACGACGACUUCCUCAGCCUGAGCGAGCUUCCCGAAACCUUCCCGUCCGACCCGCCGGAGCCCUUGCCGCACUUCCUGUUUGAGCCCGACGAAGGCUACAUCGUCAAGAACAAGCCGGUCAACCUGUACUGCAAGGCCACACCCGCCACCCAGAUUUACUUCAAGUGCAACAGCGAGUGGGUGCACCAGAAGGACCACACGGUGGAGGAACGCGUGGACGAGAACUCGGGUCUGGUGGUGAGGGAAGCCAGUAUAGAAAUAACAAGGCAGCAGGUGGAGGAGCUUUUUGGACCCGAGGAUUACUGGUGUCAGUGUGUAGCCUGGAGCUCCGCUGGGACCACCAAGAGUCGCAAAGCGCACGUACGCAUCGCAUACCUGAAGAAGUCCUUUGAACAGGAGCCCCUGGGCAAGGAAGUGUCUCUGGAACAGGAAGUGCUGUUGCAGUGUCGCCCACCAGAGGGCAUACCAGCAGCAGAGGUGGAAUGGCUGAAGAACGAAGAGACCAUCGACCCGGCGGAGGACAGGAACUUCUACAUCACCAUCGACCACAACCUGAUCAUCAAACAGGCGCGCCUGUCGGACACGGCCAACUACACCUGCGUGGCAAAGAACAUCGUGGCCAAAAGACGCAGCACCACAGCGACCGUCAUCGUUUAUGUCAAUGGUGGAUGGUCUACAUGGACAGAGUGGUCUGUGUGCAACAGCCGUUGCGGACGGGGCUUCCAGAAGCGAACGCGCAGCUGCACCAAUCCCGCGCCUUUGAACGGUGGGCUCCCAUGUGACGGACAAGCUAUACAGAAGCUGCAAUGUACCACCUUAUGCACAGUGGACGGCGGGUGGACCGAUUGGUCCAAGUGGUCGGCCUGCGGGACGGAAUGUACCCAAUGGAGGAGGAGGGAGUGCAACGACCCGGCCCCCAAAAACGGAGGGAAGGACUGCGAUGGCCUCGUGCUUCAGUCUCAGAACUGUACCGACGGCCUCUGCAUGCAAAGUUCAUUGUUUCAGACGUCCGUUGAGCCCAAAGACAAGAGUGAUUUGGGAUUCACAUCUGCUCCGAGCACAGACGACGUGGCUCUGUACGUGGGCGUGGUCAUCGCCGUCAUCAUGUGCCUGGUCAUCUCUGUCAUUGUGGCGCUUUUUGUGUACCGCAAGACGCACCGUGACUUCGACUCGGACAUCAUCGACACGUCGGCGCUGAAUGGAGGCUUCCAGUCGGUCAACAUCAAAACGGCCAGAUCAGAGCCCCUCCCCAACCUGAAGAUCAAAGUGUACAACUCCUCCGGUCUGGUCACGCCGCAGGAAGACCUCGGAGGAGACUUUACGUCCAAACUUUCCCCUAAGGUAACGCAGUCUCUGCUCGAGAACAGCGACACGAUGAACCUUCGCAACCAAAGCUUGGCCCGGACCCGAGACCCGUCCUGUACCGCUCACGGGUCCUUCAGCAACCAGGGAGGACACCUCAUUGUUCCCAACUCCGGAGUGAGCCUGCUGGUUCCGGCGGGUGCAGUCCCUCACGGGAGGCUGUACGAGAUGUAUGUGACGGUGCAUAGGAAGGACAGCUCCAGACCCCCGGUGGAGGAUGUCCAGACUGCGCUGAGUCCGGUGGUGAGCUGCGGACCUCCAGGAGCUCUGCUGACCCGACCUGUGAUCCUCACCAUCCACCAUUGUGCUGACAACGUGCAGGAGGACUGGCUCAUCCAGUUGAAGAAUCAGCUGGCCAUGGGCGAGUGGGAGGAUGUGGUGGUGGUGGGAGAGGAGAACUUCACCACUCCUUGCUACAUUCAGAUGGACUCCGAAGCAUGUCACAUCCUCACUGAGACGCUGGGCACGUACUGCCUGGUGGGCCAGUCUGUGGGCAAGGCAGCCGCCAAGAGGCUCAAACUGGCCGUCUUUGGACCAGUGUCCUGCACCACGCUGGACUACCACAUCAGGAUCUACUGUCUGGAUGACACGCAGGACGCACUCAAGGAGGUUCUUCAGAUGGAGACCCAGAUGGGAGGCAAGCUCCUGGACGAGCCAAAGACUCUGGACUUCAAAGACAGCAGUCACAACUUGAGACUUUCCAUCCACGACGUGCCGCACCCGCACUGGAAGAGCAAACUUAUCGCUAAGUAUCAGGAGAUCCCCUUCUACCAGGUGUGGAGCAGCAGCCAGAGAAGCCUCCACUGCACCUUCACGCUGGAGAGGAUGAGCUCGGCCAUCACGGAGGUCAGCUGUAAGCUGUGUGUGCGGCAGGUGGAGGGCGAGGGACAGAUCUUUCAGCUCAGCAACACCCUGGAGGAGGAGCUCCAGUGCAUAGACACGUCCCUCAUGGACCCAGCCAGUAACAUCACCACCUUAGUCGGACCCAACGCCUUCCGCAUCCCCCUGUCCAUCAGACAGAAGUUGUGCGGCAGUUUGGACGCGCCGCAGACUCGGGGGAACGACUGGAGGAUGUUAGCCCGCAACCUCAACCUCGACAGGUACUUGAACUACUUUGCCACCAAGUCCAGUCCCACGGGGGUGAUCUUGGACCUGUGGGAGGCCCAGCACUUCCCUGACGGGGACCUCAACGAGCUCGCCGCCGUGCUGGAGGAGAUGGGUCGCCAUGACAGCAACUUCUGCUCCAUGACCACGGAACACUGACCAGGAAACGUUGGCACCACCAACCCCACCUCGACCACCACGACGACGACAUACGGCGCUGAAGACGUCGGCGGCGCCAGGAUGCCAGCGGAUGACGAGCGGGUGUGGAUCCCGCCAUGUGCGUCUUCUUGGGACCUUUUCGCCGCCAAUCAAGGGGAUGGGGAGCUGAAGACCAGACGUCAAAAAGACUCAGAAAGGGAGACAGGUUGAACAAAGACAUUUUAUGCUACUUUGCGCGUGGCUGGUUAAAGCAGCUGUCAAUCAAAUGUCACCUAAAAACAAGCCCCACCCUAAAAAAACGCUUAGAAUUGGAUGACGUCAUCAGUCUUUUUUUGGUCCCAACAGAAGGGUGUUUAUAAAAAAGCCAUUGCAGGGAGAUGUUCUUUUCUUCCUGGAUGAGGAUGAGAAAAUAAGGAGGAAAAGUGUUGGGAUGAGGCAGUGAACGCAUCACGUCAUCACUUCAUUGUCGUGCAGUUCAAGUGUCUUUGACUUGGACCUGAUCACUAGCGCCCUCCAGUGGCCUUUGACCAAUAUAUACAGUAUAUAUUUUUGGGAUCGCGUGAAUACAUUAUUAUUAUCUUUAAAAUGGUAUUAUAUUUUUGCUCAGUAAUCAUUGUUUAUUACACAAUCGUCAUCAAUAUUUUUAUUUUAUGUUUUAGCAUUUUAAAUGUUGGCACUUAUUUUUUUAUAUUAAAUUAUAUAUAUAUGUGUGUAUAUAUAUAUAUAUAUAUAUAUAUAUAUAUAUAUAUAUAUAUAUAUAUAAAGGUUCCAACCCUCGUUAUUGUUUAAAUAAAUUAAACAUAUU